ACGCACACUCGGUCGUCAGUGAGUGAGUGAUGCGUGAUGUGACGGCAGCUGUUCGACCUGUUCUGUUAUAUCGCUCUCCUCCCCAAAAGCAUGUGACCAUGUGAUCGCAGCCUCUCUCAGCAGCCAGACAGACUGAGAAAACUUGUGACCACCACCACAACAGCAGGAACAGCAGGAACAGAAGCCUCUCAGCUCUCCCUGAAAGAUAAAAACAGGACUGCACAGUUCCCCUUCAAUCACUUCAGCUCAGCUCGACACCAUGGACUGCGGGAUUUUCACGUCCAAGACCGUCCUUCUCUUCCUCAGCUUGAUAUUUUGGGUAAGUAGUGGUGUUAUUUCUCUCUCCACCUGCUGAGAUUUAAAACCCAACCGAUAAUGUCUAGAUUGAGAGGAGUCAAAACGUGCCAGGUGUUUGUAGUUCUUUCUAUUAAGCACUGAUACUUUUCUUAGUCUCUAGCUGGAGAUCCUAGAGUUUUGUCUUUAGAUCCCUUAAAUCAGUUCAGAUUUGAUAAACAUCUCUCCAGUAUGUCCUCGUUUACAAGCUAGUUUAGUCACCAUUUCAUUACUCUAAUCCCACUUCCUCAUUUUGAUAAUGAACUUAAACUACCUUCCAGCUUUACUUUCUCAUGCAAAGUAAGAGCAGAAGCUAAAAUGUUCCUUUUUUUAAUCAGAUGUGGUGGAAAGGAAGCCAGACCUCUUAAACUGAGCCUGAACUUUUACACUCCAGAGUUCCUGUUUCUGGCUUUGUUUCAGUGUAGACUUUGUUUCCACUAUAGCCCAUGUAUUUAUCUAGUUCAGCAAACUUUUCUCUCCUCAUCUGGCCCCACUGCUGACCUGUCCUCUGUCUUCCUCAGAGAAAAUGAGUGUUGAAAAGAGCGAGUGAACUUCACUGCCUGUCUGUGGCUGAUAUCUGCGAAAUUAGAUUACUGUGAGCGGGCACAGGCCUGUGUGUGUGUUCGAAACAAGCAAAAAUAAAGGCCAGAUUUAGCUUGAGAUUCAGCUUUCCCCUCUUUAUUCUUCAUCAUUUCUCAAUCAAUCAAAUUUUAUUUAUAUAUCGCCAAUUCACAACAGUCGUCAUCUCAAGACACUUUUUAAAAGAACAAGAGCAGGUCUAGAGCACGCUCAUAGUUUGAUGAUCAAGAACCAACCUAAACCUUACAUAUAUUUUAUAUGUUUAUAUAUUUUAAGUAUGAUUGUAAACUAUCACACCAACUUCAAUGUUUUUAUCUUUCUAUCACUAUAUUCUAGUGUCAGUCUUUAGUCAUUUUCCGCUCGUUCACACCACAUUUCUGUACUAUCUAUGGUCACAUGUAGGUGUCUUUCUGUAAAGCAGAUGAAAUGUCAUAUCUUUAACUGAUACAGUACAAAAAAGUAAGACAUCACACAUGGAUUGACUCAUCGGAUUCUUAAAACUUAUGAGGCUUUUAAAGUCUGCUAAAGGAAAUAAAGUCCAUCUGACAAAUAGUGAGCGAUAAACUUUGUUUUCUCCUCUUACUGAUGAGGCCAGAGUUCGAUAUGUCAUUGUAAGUCAGACAGCAGUUAGACUACAUGUGCUGCAGUAUUGGCUGGAUGUCCCUUUUCUUAUUUUACGUCAUGUUUUUUUAUCAUUGCCAUGAGCACUGUUAUUAAAUUUCAAGACACAAAUUAUGUAGAGGUCUGCCGGAGUGCUCACUUUAAAUGAAAUAAAGUGUAACAGUGGAGAAAUUUUGACAGUUAUUGAAUAAACUGAGUCAUAAUUCAAUCAAAAGAUCAAAUUAUCUUUAAAAUGCCUGACCCAGACCUUUAUCCAGAAUCAUAUUUUACCCUGUUUGCUCCUCUCUAUAUGUAGACAAACAGUUAAAAAUAACAACAACAGCAGCAGCUUAUUAAAACUUUCCGUUGAGGGCAGAUCUUUGCUGUGAUUUAAAGAAAGUCUAAAAACGUCUCAGUUAACAAUUUGAGAAUUAUCCUUUAAUUUGAUUUAACAGUGCUGCAAUGAAACUUUUUUGUAAUUUUACUAAACUAAUCAGUUUAUCUGAUUGUGGGAGGUUUUAAAACAAACAAAUGUUGCCAUUAUGAGCAACAUUUCAUUUAAAAGUUUCAAAGGUUAAUGUGCUCUGAGUGCUUAUGGGCACAUGAGCGUUGCGUCACGGCUGUGGAAAAACCUCUGAAAUAUCUGCCUCCUUUUGAUUGUUUCAGCGAUGAAGUACAAGUGUGAUUUUCCAUGCAGAAAACCCGCCAAAGUCAUUCCCACCCAUCAAGAAACAUCCCCUCAGAGGUUACUCACAUUCCUCAGAGGUGGCACCAUCCAUGAGUGCGAUACGUUGUGUAAGCCUCUUUGUGCUGCUUCUUAGGCACAAGAUCUGAAUUUCUGGAAAGAUUAGGGGGUGAGCCGCAGGGGGAGGAAGGGAGGCAGAGGGGUCAAGAAACAACCCCCGAAGGGAUCCCGUGACUGUGGAGUGAUUAAGAGAAGUGAGUCAUGAGGCUGAAGCGGAGGAUAAAUGAUUGUUAGGCCACAUGAAAAAAAAAAACAUACCAACAGGGACAAGCACGUAAUGUAAAGAUCACCUUCUUCUUUUUGGAGUCAGAGGUGGUUGUAUCAUCAUUUCUACACAUUUUCCAUCCGUCACACAAAUGGAAAUUUAGGUAACCACUAAAUCUGUUCCAAAAACCCAUAUUUUCCACCCCAAAAAAGGAUUUACAGAAAUGCCCUGACUGUAACCCUGUUUGUAACCUAGAUUCAGAAGUGCUAUAUUUUGGUAGAUUUCUUGCCUUUGCAGUUUAUUUUAUUAAAAAAUUUAGUUCCCACAAUGUUUGGCCUUUUUUAACACGGACUAGAGUUUGAAUCAGGUCUGAUACUGCGUGUUUCAAAGGGCAAGAGGAAGUCAGGAGCGCUGAUAAUGAGAUCAAUUCUUUCGAGUCUUUGUUUUGUCAACAGUUAUCUCCGUUGUCAGAGCCCUGCUUCAUCGACCCUCCCGGAUUUGAGGUUUUCAGACACACCUCACAGUAAUACGAUCAUUUUAAAAAAGACACAUUUAUUCUGUUUAGAUCUCCCAAGCAUACGCACAGUCUUAUGAUUGAUGAGCACACUGCGGAGGCAUGACUUGUGGUCAUGAUAAUAGUGUGACUCAGUGUCUAAUUCAGCAGGACAGACAGUCAGUGAGUACAUAACAAAAGAUCACAGCUGAUACUGUUAGAACAAAAGUCUUUACUGUAGAAAACAGAUAAAACAAAAAGCUUUAUUUAACAGUGUCAUUUUAGAAAAAAGAUUAAACACUGACACACAUCCUGUAUCAGCUAUCAUACUAGGAAGGGGAAAAAUGAGUGCUGAGUUAUUGAACUUACCCAAAUAGACCUUUUUGACCAGGACAAACAAACAGAUCACAGAACAUCUACCUUCAAUUUCAGCAGUGUGUGUUUGUCUCUGCUCCUUGUGUAAAAUCCAAGGUUUAUGAAGUUUUCAGUUAGAAUGAUAUCGUACCCUAUAUUGUUGACACUUCUGGUCUAAGUUUUAAUAGCCCGAGCUGUGAAUUAGGAGACUGCACCUUAAUUUAGCUCACUGUUAUUAUAUAAUGUUUGGUCGCUGGUUCAGCAGCUUUAAAAACAGUUAUUGGUAAAUAUAACCUUUGUUGUUUAUUCCACGACAGCUUUAGCGUCUGUCCUCUAACCUCAAUUGUAGACCUUCUUACAUUAUUAAUGAGAUUAAAACUUUGUGUGUCCCUGCAGGCUGCAGGAGGAUUUAUGGCCUAUGUUGGAGCCUAUGUGAUCAGGAGUUAUGACAACUUCAACAACUUCAUCCAGGACAAGUACACUUUGAUCCCUGCUGCUAUCAUUAUUGGUGUCAGCGUUGUGAUGUUCAUCUUUGGUCUGUUGGGAUGCUUUGCAACAAUCCGGGAGUCCAGAGUUGGCCUUAGCUUUGUAAGUGUUUAUUUUUGUUUCUAUUUUCACUCUCUUUUACUUCUACUUAACACUUUUUAACUCUCAUUUUCUUUCUUUUCAGUUCUUCCUGUUUAUUUUAGUGAUCUUUAUUGCUGAAGUUGCUGCUUUGGUAUUUAGCUUCAUCUACCAAAACAAGGUGAGUCCCAACAGAAAUCACAGAUUGAAAAGGCACAAAGUUGACUGUCUUACACAGCUGACACUCUGUCUUGUGUCUGUGUAGAUAAGCGGAGACCUGCAGCGCUCCAUGAGUGACGUCUUUGCCAAGUAUGAUGGAGAAGAUGCAGAAACCAAGGCUGUGGACUACCUGCAGACUCAGGUUGGUGUUUUUACAGAGUAUGAACCGGUUCUCUUUUUUUCUGUUGUAUUUCCAUACUGUACACCUGUUGUGCUUAUGUAUUUUCCUGCUUGACUACUUUCAUUUCCUUCUGUUUUUGUCUUUCAUUUACAUCUGAUCAAGUCUUUUUGUGUCUUUCUCAACAAUAACUAAGACACGUUACACAUUUUGAUUUCAUGCUUAUCUCUAUCCUCUUUGUCUCGUUUAAAAGUAGACCCCUUUCUUUUUUUAAAGAGGAAUUCUGGGUUUUUUAAUGCCUUCACUAAGAUUAUUGAACCACAAAUAGAACAGGAGACUGAGAGGCGAGAGUGACUACAAAUACUGGGCCAAAUUUGAACCCAGACUGCCUGCGUCUAUGACCUUUGCACACAAGGUGCCCAACCCAGCAGACCAAUACCUUAACCGUCUAACCUUUGUAAUCAUAGUAGAUGACGUGAGACUCCAUAUAAACAAAUGUCCCUUUGGGGAUCAAUAAAGUUCUUCUCUUGUAUUGUUUUUCUAAUCUAAGCUUCUCUUGGAAAUUUUUUCUUUUUUUAACAUCAUGUUCUUUGAUAGUCAUAUAAAUCAAUUUUAAGAAACAAAUCUAUCAUGUAUUUAAUAUAAUCAUUCACAGGUAUUUCCAACAUGUGCAAAAUACCUUGUACCUGUUAAACUACAGCUAUAAUUAUGCUUUUUUUAUAGCUAAGAAGUGUAAUGUAACCCACGCACAAAUGAAACUUGACAGUUUCCUGCUUCACUGGUGAAAGCUAAACACUCCCUGACCUCUCGAGGAUUAUGAAUUUCACUACAAAUAACUAAAAGUAGGUCAUUCUUUAUUUUUCACAGCUUGUGUUUGACCUUAAUAACAGCAAAGUUUUAGUCCAAGUCCACAAAACUUUCAUAACCAUCUUAUCAAGGUUUUCCGACAAUGGAAUAAGGUUUUAGGUUAAUACACUGUUUUCCUCUCAGCCUCAGUCAUAGCUGUUUAUGGCAGUUGAUAGAUUUCUUUUUUUUAUUUUUUUGUCUGAUAAUCAUCAAUUUCUAUAUGUCUUAAAACUUACUGCAGACUGCUGCUUGAAUUUUUUAAAUAGGGCAAUAUACAAGGUGAAGUUUAAAUUAUACCAUGUAUGUAUAGUUUAUAUUUUAAGGUAGAAAAGUGCAUCUGUUCAUGUGUUGUUGCCUUUUCAAAAUAAAUUUAUUGGCAGUAAUGAAGCUGAAAAGCUUGCAUACUAGCAGGUAAAUACCACAUAUGUCUUUGCAUGUUGCCAAUAGGGAUGAGCAAUAUAGGCUAAAAAAUUUAUUACGAUAAAAUUUGCCAUUCUAGCGAUAACAAUAAAAAAUAUUAUAAUUCCAAUCUAUAUUUUUGACUCAUUUUGUCUUGAGAACACUAGUUGGAAUAGUCAAAUAAGAUACUUAACCACAAGUCUGAGUGGUAAACUCAUGACAUCAAACAACUCUUUAAUCUAAAAACAUUUUCAACAUUUACUGAAAACUCUUAUUGCACAGAGUGAGCAGAUCCACUGUCCGAUGUCAGGCAUACCUGAUUACGCUCAUCUCAGGCCCAAUCUUGAAGGAAAUCCCUCAUGUGGAGCCUCGUUCAGUAACGAGCUGCUCAGACACGUCUUCUUCAUUACCUUCAGCCAUGUUUGUUUGUUAUUCUGCUCUGUGUGGGCUGUGGCUGUGAGUCUGUCGCUCGCGUUUACGUCAUCAACUUACAUUUAUCAUAUUUAUCAUGAGAUUGCAAAUAUUUAUCAUGGAGAAUUUUUCUGACGAUGUAUCAUGAACGAUAAUCUAUCGCCCAUCCCUAGUUGCUAUGUCUAAGAACCAGGUGGAAUGGAAGUGUGCACGCCAAAAAUUACUUUAAUUUACUGAAAAUAUUUUAUUCAACCCUUGUAUUGAGAAGUAAUAACUUUAAAGGUUAAUAACAUUCAAGAGAGUGGAUAUAUAUAUCACUCAAUGCUAUCUAUUUAUAUCUCUCUGUUUGUCCAGUAUUAUAGUUCAUAUAGUUAAUGGCUUCCCUCUUCUCUGUCUCUCUUUGCAGUUGCAGUGCUGUGGAGUCAGAAAUUACACCAGCUGGUCCAGCACGGCCUGGUUUGCAGAGCACAACAACACAGUGCCUCUGAGCUGCUGUAGAAACACUUCCUCUGCCGAGUGCACAGGAAGACUGGAUCAGCUAAACCUGUUGAAUGUUGAGGUAAAUCACACAGAAGAAAGAUCGCUCUUGAUUAGGUGUUGUUACAUGUGAAAGCCGCCAAAUCAAAUAAUUCCCCUCUUCUGAACAGACAUUCUUAAUGCACACUCAUUGUUGUUUUGCAUGUUCAUGAAUUUCAGGGGUGUGAGGCCAAACUGGAGGUGCUCCUACAAGAUGUGUUGGGUUAUGCUAUGCUGGUCAUUCUGGGCUUUGCAAUCAUAAAGGUAAAGACAGUCACUUAUUUUGAAUCACUUAAAGGUGGCUGAAUUAAAUGUUGAUGCUGUGUGACCUAUAAAAGCAAAUAAGAUUGUCACCAUGAAGAUCUUUUUGGAAGAAUGCACCUCUCUUGGACAUGUUGGAUCAUACACCAGCACAGACUUUUAAACCUAGAUCUGCUUGUAAAUCUACCAAGUACUGUUUGAUUGAAGUAUUCUGAGAUAAGAUGACCCGUCCACUCAUCUAAUAAUGAAGAAAUUCAAUGGUAGCUCAUUUUAGGGCUGUUUCUCGAAAAUAAGAGGGUUGACAGAAAUUUCCAUGGUGAUUCAAAGAAAUUGCUUUUCAAAGGGAUCUUCCAAGAACAGAUCUUAGAGACUGGCUCCCUCCAGUUUCCUGAUUUCAAACUGUUGAUUUUAUAAGGAGAAAUUGAAGACAAUACUGGAUCAGAUUAAUGACGCUACAGAUAUAACAAUAUAUAUUUAUAGCUAUUUAGUGCCAAGUCUUCCAAGUAUUUCAAGCAUCACAUUUGUGUUUUCCUUCCACAGUUCUUUGGUAUGCUGAGCGUGUGUGUGAUCACCUGUAAAUCCGGCAGUCGGAGGAAUGGUUACCAGCCUCUCUAUGCCUGAAAAACACCCCACAACCAACUAUCACCUCCUUGUGUUCCUUGACUAGCUUUGCUGACGUCUGCAUCAGCAUUGUACAGAAAUGUCCAGACUAAACGUUGUACAAACCUGAGUUUUAUUUUGUUUAUGGCAUAAAAUUACAGAGCAGUAUGUAGAAAACUUUUAUUUUAGUCUAAAGGGGACAAAGGUACAGUGUUCACCCAAUAGAAGUAUCAUCAAAAUGUUCCCACAACUUGGCAAAUCAUUUAAUCGAGUAUGGACAUGGCUCUCAAUUUGAUUAGAAGUUAUUUAUUUCCCAACUUGGAGAUGACCCAACAAGGUUUGUGUCUCAGCCCACAUGUCUUAGCCUUCCUUUAGAUAACACAUGUAACAGAAGCACGAGACAAAGUUUGGGGAGUGAUUUCAAUAUUAAAAAGCUGAUCCCUGUUGGAUUUUGUGUGCUGAAAAUCUUAGAUUUUAGAGCAUUUUUAUUUAUCAUGUUUACUGUAAACUGGGUGCAGUUCUGUGACAUCACAGAAGGUGCCUAUUAUGGUGCCUAUUUGUUUAUCUUGCCUAGAUGUCUCACUCAGCUGCAUCAUGUAGAUAAUCUCUGAAGGAACAUUAUUCUUUGGGAUAUAUUCAAGCUUUAUAUUAAGCUUGUAGUGAGUUUGAACAAAAGGAUGAUGAAUAUGUACCUGGUGUUUAGAUGUGUAUAAAUACAUACCGUAUGCGUACAGUAUAUAUGGAUUUAACUGUGAUGAAUGACAUAGUAUGACUUUGGUUGCGUUUAUUGUGUUUCUAAAUUAAACAGGUAAAAAUUUCCCACUGA